UCGGAAUCUUCGGACCCUCCGGCAUAGCCCGAUUCACUUUUCGGAGCAAUAUUUUCCACCUUCCGGUGGAACCUUUCAGAGUGUACGUGAAAGCACAACAAUGGCGUUUUGGUGUAGAGUGAACAACUCCAAAAUCAAAACCGUAUCAAUUCACCUGAAAAGGUCUUAUUUUCAAUGCCAAGGUUCCAAUUCGUUCAUUGCCAAUGCUUCUUCACAUACUUCAGUUCGGAUUCUCAGUAACCCUAGCUUAACUAUCCAGAAAAGUCCAUUUGAAUUUGCACAAAGUGUUAGGUUUUUCGCAGCACCUGUACAGGUGAAAACGAGGAAGGAAGAGAAGGAUUCGAGUGGGCCCAGAUUGAAUCAGGAAAUCAAAGCAGAUUUUGUUAGGCUUGUCGGCGAUGAAGGUCAUCGCGUAGUGUCAAUAUGUGAGGCAUGGGAACUUGCAAGAAGUCUCAAUCUUGAUUUGGUGGAGGUGUCACGAAAUGCCAAACCACCAGUCUGCAAAAUUAUGGACUACCACAAAGAGAAGUAUCAACAACAAUUAAAGGACAAUGCUAAAAAAAGCAAGGUACGUUCUCCCUCAAUAAUGCCUGUGUAUUAGAGGUGUUGCUAGCAU